AUGGAGCUUUCUUAUCUUUAUGCUCUGAAAAUUUGGGUUUCACGAGUGGGUGGUGGAUCUGCUCUUCUGAAAAUUGUCAAAAAAUUGGUUCUCGGUGUAAUCAAUGGCUCUCCAGUGGGAUUCUUUAAAUCCUCAAGAGGGGUUCGCCAAGGCGACCCGCUCUCCCCGGCUUUAUUUCUACUGGUGGCAGAAUUCUUGGGCCGAGGACUGCAUCAUUUAUUUUGUCAAGAUGAGAGUCGUUUCUUUGUCUUCUCUGGGCUGCGUAUCCCUUACUUGGCAUUUGCGGAUGACAUCUUGAUCUUCACUUGCUGCUCCGAGGGUGGGUUGGCCUCCUCGAAGUUGUUCUUCGACUCCUACCAGGCUUUUUGGGAUCAGAAAAUUAAUACCCAUAAAAACUGUUUCAUCUUGUCGGCUCGAGCGUCCGCUGAACAUGGGGCAAGGGUGGCCUCGAUGUUGCAGUUCCAUCAGCAGUACCUUUCGUUCACGUAUUUGGGGGUCCCCAUUUUCAAAGGCAGAACGACGUGCAUUCUAUUUGAUUCCCUGGUGGCUAGAAUGCAAGGCCGCCUGUUCCACUGGAGCUCACGGUUACUAUCGUCAGGAGGUAAAUUAGUGUUACUGAGGCAUGUUCUUACCUCAAUGGCUAUGUACUUGCUGCAAGUGUUGGAUCCUCCCCGGGCAGUUUUGCUAAAGCUGGAAAAGAAAAACGAUUCAUUAUGGGCUGCUUUUAUGCACGCCAAAUAUGUUAGGGGUACACACCCGUUCCAAGCUCAGGUAGCUAGACCUUCCCCUUCAUGGAGGCGGUUGGAGGGAAUUCGAAGGGCAGCAGAGAGUAACAUCAGAUGGUGUGUGGAAAAAGUCUUUGAGGUCCUUCUGGUGGACUUGCUCUCCAUUAAUGACCCACCCCACAUGCUGCUCGCGGAGUUCUUUGAUGACAGGGGCUGUAAUAUAGAGAAGCUGAGGCACUGGGUGCCUGCUUAUCUGGUGAUGCGUAAUCUGGUUCCCCUGGAUGCGACCCUGAAGUGUCGGGGAGUCCCCAUGGCAUCAUGUUGCUUAUGUUGCCACUCGCCGAAAGAAUCACUUGUUCACCUCUUCAUGACAGGCCCAAUAGCAAUAGAGGUAUGGAGCGCUUUUCGACAGAGGUUUGGAAUUAUUGAUUCCCACUCCUCUUCGGUGUCUGGGAUGGUUUUGUCUUGGUUUAGCUCAACUUCACUGGUUACACGGGACCACAUAAGGACUGUGGUCCCGCUAGUAAUUCUGUGGUUCCUAUGGAAGUCCAUGAACAAGGCGCUCUUCGAGGGGGCGACGUUUGCGGCUUGUAGGGUUAUUGCUUUGGUUGACGGAUUUGUGCAAUAG